AGGAUUCUAAAACAUUCUUGAGGCGACAGGGGCGCCUGGGAGGCGGGAACGCAACUCCGGAGCCGACCGGAGCUGAACCGGCCGUCUACCCGGCGGGAAAACCUUGAGGAGAUACUUUUUUUUUAAACAUUAAGAAAUUUGAGGAUGGUGGGGCAGACCAACUAAAUCCCAUUUGCCUGUGAUUCCUUAGCCGGAAAACUGUCAAAAUCUGUGGAUCAAUUCAUGAGAUAAGAAAGAGGAUGGCAUCUAGAAUAAAUACCAGUUUCACUUUGAUUCCCAACCAGAAAUAUAGACGUAGUAAUCGUCGAUCCAACAGCUAUUUUUCCGAUACCCUUGGCUCAGAAUCUCAGCCCUUAUCAACGCUUGGAAAUUUUAAAGCCUUGCCAUUGGAAAUAUUCCAAAUAAUCUUAAGAUAUUUGUCAGUGAAGGAUAUCAGCAUGCUAAGCAUGGUGUCCAAAACAGUCAGCCAGCACAUUAUUAAUUAUAUCUCAACCUCAUCAGGAAGCAAAAGACUUUUGCUACAGGAUUUUCAUAACCUUGAGCUGCCUAGCAAGAGACAAGACUCUGCCAUACUGGAACAUUACAGAUCUCUAGGUCUGCUAUUUAAAAGAUGUACAUUGCUGCUACCCACAAGGGAAAGACUAAAGUACAUUCACAGGAUACUGGCAGAAGUUUCCUGUUUUAAAUUCAAUGGCUGUGCAGCCCCUAUCCAAUGCUUAGGAUUACCAUGUUAUGGCAUGUUUUUGCAGACCUUAACAGCAGGUUGGGAUGAACUCGAGUGCCAUCGUGUGUAUAACUUCUUAUGUGAGCUGACUGAUCUCUCCCGUAAGAUGCAGACCGUUGUCUGCAGCAAACCAGGAAGUGCUCGAAAACUAGAGUUAAGGAUCAGACUAUUCUGUAGGAGCGUCCUGCUUGAUCACUGGAUACAUCAAAGUGAUUCUGCUUUUUGGUUGACGCGUAUAUUAAAACCAUGGCCAAUGGUGAAUCAGGCAAGAUUAUUGUAUAUCAUCUUUGGACCAAUAUCUCCUCAAGAUGGACAGGUGGUUUGGCAGAAAAUGAUAGAAGAACCUACAGAUGAAUCCAGUCUGAAAGGUUUGGCUGAUGCCAUUAAAUUACUAUAUGACACAGGCACGAAAGAAUGGACAGCAGAUGAUGUUAUCAGUCUUAUAGAUGAACUAUCAGUGGUUCCCCGUGAAUGGCUUCUAGAGAACAAUGCACGUCUCCUAAUCCUAAGUGGGAACAACAUCUGUUUCACUUUCAUGGCUAGUAAAGCUGUGAAUGGACGGGCCAUUGAAUUGGCAAAGCUGAUAGUCUUUUUGGCUUUGGUGUGUGAGAAAGAACUAUACUGCAUGGAUUGGGCGGUUAAAAUGAUGCAAAAAGUCUGUAAAGUCUUUAGCACUCCGGUGGAAAGAAAUAACUUCCUGCAGAGUGUGGCAAGUGCAUUUGCUUGUGUUAUAAUGGAAAUGCUGCAGUCAGUUAUGUCCGGAGACCGUGAUGAAGAUGACAGAAGCUUUUUGAAUCUGUUCCAUCUUGUGCAUGCUCAGGCUAACUUCCAUAAGGAGGUCUUGUAUUUGACCAUGAAUCCUCUUUCUACCUAACUACUCAGAAAGCCUUGCAUUUAGAGAAUACCUCACUGAACUAACAAUUAGAAGAGCGCUACUUUUCCACACUCAGAGAACAGCAUCCAUGGGACUUUUUAUCACCUAAGUAACCUAAGAACUCAAAAACCAUAGAACUUUAGAGGCAACUACUUACACCAUUAUUAAUAUAAAAAUUAAAGACAACCCCAAGAAUGUAUUGAGAUUUCUCUGGAAAACAAGCUGUGCCUCCAGAUUUUGAUAAACCUAACACCCAACUAAAUAGAGCAUUAGUAUCCAAGAAUCUGGGGCCAACCUGUAUGUGUGGAUGUUUGAAGCAAGGGAGAAUUCUGUUUUAUAGGUAGAGAUGACUCAAAUUCACUAAAUGGCUUGUAUCUGUUCACUUUGCUUAGACUGUGUAGACAUAACCUAAAAUGUUUUGUGAAGAUUUGUAAUAUGAUAUUUUGGAAUGUAUAGAUAUAAAUCACAUUUUUUACUACC